CAAACGGUGUAUAAGAAUUGAUAUUUGCUCUGGGUGAAACACGUUGAAUAAUGUAAAUACUGAUAACUAAAUAUUGAGAUGUUGCUCGAAUAGAACUGAUAAAAAAUGGCGGAGUUACAGUCAAAAUAUCAGAGAUGGUUACUUUUCGCAAAUCGACGAUCGUGCUCAUUUUGUAAAUUCUAUAACUAAGCCAGAAUAAGAAAGUUUUUUUUAUUUUUCAUAACCCCAGUUUUGAUAAUAGAAUUCGAAUAUAAAAUAAAAAGUAUAUGUCAAUUUUUCACUCGUGACUUGAUUUCUUGAUGGGCUGGCGAAUCGUCUCUUAAAGAGUUAUGAAGAGUUUGUCUUUCAGGGCUGAUAUGCCAUUAGUUUAAUUUAACUUUAGGUGUUGGACGGAUCGGCCGACAACUCGCAUCAAGUCUGUUGCGUUACGGAGAUGUUUAUACUGAUGAACUAUUAUUAUCCAGCCGUCAAGCUGAUCUUUUGACCGAUUUUAUCCAAAUGGGUAUUAACUAUUGUAAAUUUAACAAUGCCCAUGUUGUACAAAAUGCCGAUAUUGUAUUCAUUUGUGUUGCACCACAUCAACUACGUUAUGUCAUUGAUGAUAUUCGCGGCCGUGUUAAACCAAACGUGAUUAUUUAUAGUAUUGUAUUAGGGUUUCCGGCAUUGAAACUAAGAGCUCUGCUCCAACAUUCAAAUAUUAUUAAACCAACAUAUCGAUGGGAUAAUGACUUUACAAAAGAAAACUGGCCAAUUUCUGAUGUAGAUUCUGUCUUGUCAGAUGAAAGUUUAGUCAAGAAAAUUUCACUAGAAAAUGAAAAUAAUGACAACAUUGUAAAAGAUACAAAUUUAUUACCAAUAAUUAUUUAUUCAUUGCUCAAUUUAUUGCAAAUAGCAAAUUUAAAUCGAGUGGAAUCUUUGCAUGCAUUAGCAGCUCUCAUAUUUAAUACACAAAAUGAACGAGUGAAUAUUGAAGAAUCAAUGGUAUAUGAAAACCAGGAUGACGAUCAAGAGAAGACACAGUAUGUUGAAUUGUGA